GAAUAUGUGCGAGGACUUUGUGACCCAGAACUGCACAAAGAGGAGCGUUACCCAGUUGACAUGCACUGUAUCUUUGCUGGUGCCCGCGGCCUCUUCCUGGACAGGCUCAUACGGGACACAAGUGCAGAGGUCCAGGUGCCGGAGCCGGGUCGCCUGCGGCUCUUGGGCCAGGCCGAGCCUGUUGUGAUGGCGCAGAGCAGAGUUCAGCAGUUUGUAGCACUAUUCCAGGAGAAGCGAAGUCUACCGGGCGACAGAGAGCCAGCGGUGAAACGAGCGUUCAAAUCCUUUGUUGAGGAACGGGAUGAUAAAUACACGAUGGAGCUUCUUCUGCUGCCCAGUGCCCUGAAGGAAGAGUUACUGGGACUGGCUCACAGCCCCACCAGCACAAACACAUCCUCCCUGACUCUGCAGCCCAGCACGGCAGAGGUUGACCAGGACCGCUCGCAGAGCAGCACGCCAGUGACGGAGCUCUCCAACCGCAUCUUGGACACUAGCUUUGAAGAGAGAGGGGCCACGGUGGGAUCUGUCGGAGGAGCCGGGAAAGCGGGAGGAGGGAUAGGAUUAGGUGCCGAAGCCGUUCUGCUCAACGGCACUCGGCCCUCACACAAGCGGCGCUCGUCUGAGAGCGAGACUCGGGACACAAAGAGACAAUACUCUCUGGAGCGGAGAGACGAGUCGCCAGAGAGAGCGAGAGAGCGGCAGAGGGACAGAGAGGGCCGGGGCUCUGGUAGCAGCUGUAGAUCCAAAACGCCCUCUGCCUCAUCGUCCCUCUCCUCCUGUGCUAAAGCAAACACAGUCGGGCCGAUCAUGCUGGACUCCAGUGAAGGGAUCUCAGACGAGGGGGAGGCAGUCAGUCCAGAAACCAACCUCCGCUGCCUGGUCAAUUUCUUCAGAACCAUGGGUUACCAGCAGGAAGUGGUGGAGCGUGUUGUCAAGGAGACAGGACAGACUGAGGAUACCUUCCUCGUCCUGGAGAAGAUCGUGGAGGAAACCAAGCGGUGUGAAGAGGGCUCGAAAGGAGGAGACAAAGAGAGACGGCCGACCUCCGUACGCUCCUCAGACACGGCGUCCUCCUCAUCGUCGUCCUCGGCCCCUACGGUCUCUCGUCUCAGAGAGAAGGAGCGUGAGUUUAGCAGAGCGCUGGUCGACCCUGGCAGGUCUAAAGAGAACAUUAAGCCCAACCAGCACGGGAGCAGUAGCAAUGGGCUGGGGCAUCGGAGGCAGUGCAGCGGCAGCGAGACGAGCACUCAGCAGGCAAUCACAAUCAAGAGGAGCUCCAGUGCUCAAGGCGGAGCAGGAAACUAUGAGGUCAUCACCAUUGUCGAUGACGAUGAUGACAUCCUCACGGAAACCAAAACAGCAGACAGCAGUGUGCCCCGUAUGUUCGCGGCACACCUCGACACCCACUCGGGAUCCAGAACAGACUAUCUGGCUCGGGGAGUGGGCAGCGGGAGUGGCGUCUCUCAGAGGGACUACCUGUCCAGGGGCGGGACUCAGACUUUAGGAGGAUCUGUGAAAGUUGAGAGUGUGACGGCACUGCGCAGCACGCCUCAGUGGCUGACGGCCACCACCUCCUCCCUGGUGUCGACUCCCAGUUCGGCUCAGUCCAUCAACCGGCCCUCGGCCUUUCCCUAUCAGACCAUCGGCCAUGUGGGCUUUCACGGGGGCGUAGCCAAGAGCCCUCCUGCAAACGACCCCCCUGCGCCCCCAGUGACCGGUCUGGGUCGUUUCCAUCAGUCGCUGAGGACGCCCUACACUCUGAAGCUGCCGAAUGAGCCGGGGCGUCCAGAGCUCAGACACAUUAUCAUUGAUGGCAGCAAUGUGGCUAUGGC